AUGACCCUCUUGCGACAGGGUUCCCUCUGGGGCCUGGUGUUGCUUGCUGGUCUGGCCCUCGCUCAUGGCGGCCAUGAUCAUGUCCCCGAGGGCGAGGCGAUCUCGCUGGAGCCGAUUGAUUCCACCCUCUGGACCCAUAUGAUUCUUAUGGGCACUGCAUUCGGAAUCAUCUUUCCCCUGGGUAUGGUUCUUGGGAUUGUCCGCUCGCGCUGGCACGUCCCCGUUCAAAUUGUCGGCACCAUUAUCGCCGUGCUAGCAUACUUCCUCGGCCACGCUCACAAGGGUCGACAGUUUGGCAAAAAUGCACACGCCUCGUUCGCGAAUUGGUUGAUGCUGCUCCUGAUCGCGCAGAUCGUCCUGGGCUUCUACUUGAAAUUGCACCUUGAAAAGGCCGGACAGGCUCGAAUUCGAUGGAUCUUCGUUCUGGCGCACGGCGUCAUCGGCAAGAUCAUGCCCAUUGUCAGCUGGACGCAGAUGCUCUUCGGUGGUAUUGCCGCGCUCGGCUUCUGCCAAGGUGAUCACAUGGGCCAGUGUUUGGCGCACUUCAUCAUGGGCAGCGCAUUCAUCGCGUAUGGUAUCUGCCUGACCAUUCUUCUUCUUGUCGGCCAGUACUGGUUGCGGCGAACCGGCCGGAGUCAAGAAUUCUUCGAUUCGCUCAUCAUCGCCGCAUGGGGCUGUGUCAAUACCUUUACCGAGCAUCGCUGGGGCGGACCAUGGGUUCACAAUGAUCUGCAACACACGACGAUGGGUAUUGUCUGGUGGUGCGCCGGUCUUUUGGGCAUGUGGUUGAGCUGGAGCCGGAAUGGUCGGCCCAAGCGGAACUUGAUUCCCGCCAUCGUCAUCGGUCUGACCGGAUAUGCCAUGUCCGCGCAUACUCAGACCUUGAUGAUCAGCACCAUGGUCCACAGUAUCUUCGGAUACACGCUGAUGGCAGCGGCCCUGACGCGCAUCAUUGAAAUCUCCUUCGUCCUGCGCGACAAGGACAAUGUCAGCAUGAGCGGAGUCGAUCCGAAUAGCUUCCAGUAUCUGACUCCAUUCCUGCUGUACGCGUCCGGAUUCUUGUUCAUGGGUGCUACGGAGGAGCAGAUGCAACUGCUGAGCCAGGCGGGCAUCAUGCACGUCUCCUACAUCCUGAUUCUCUUUAGCAUUGCCUUUAUUCUCUUCCUCUUUGUUAACAUCCUUCUCCACAUUUACGCCGUUCACGCGUGGCCUGAAGGCGCGCCUGAAGAAGACGAAUUGGACGGCCCCAAAUACGCCAGUCCCAACGGUGGCUACAUGAAUGGGCGCACUCGUGCACGUACCGCCGACGCUCAGCGCAUCUCCGACGCCGAGGCCUUUGAGCUGGAGGGCCUCAUGAGCGACGAUGACGAUGAGGCCGGAACAUCCAUGCGUCCCAAAAAGACAGCCGACGAGGAAAUGGGUGCCAAAGAAGCUUCUCGCGCAUAG